AUGAGCGUGUCCCGUGACAGUGUGGCGCACAUAAUGAAACACAUGAGCGUGUCCCGUGACAGUGUGGCGCACAUAAUGAAACACAUGAGCGUGCCCCGUGACAGUGUGGCGCACAUAAUGAAACACAUGAGCGAUUCCCAUGACAGUGUGGCGGACAUAAUGAAACACAUGAGCGUGUCCCGUGAUAGUGUGGCGCACAUAAUGAAACACAUGAGCGUGUCCCGUGACAGUGUGGCGCACAUAAUGAAACACAUGAGAGUGUCCUGUGACAAUGUGGCGCAGAUAAUGAAGCCUACUGCUCUAGUUAUUUUUGGGCCUUAUGAGGAGCUGACAGUCCAGCGUGUGGUGAGGAAGAAACGAGACACGGAAAAGGAAGACACCUCCCAAACCAGCGUGCCCAUCUAUGACCAAGCGUACGGGGUCAACCUCAAGGGACGCUCUAACUCAGAGGGACUACGGUUGUACGAGUCUUUGCUAGCCACCCAAGGCGAGGGCGACCCCACAUCCCCAGAGGUUACCUUCGAAUCCACUGAUUCACCCAUCAAGCCUCACCACAGAGACGGCCGCCUGGACCCCACUGGCUCCAACGUGUCGCCACUAGAGGAAAUAUCCAACUUGUGGGCCCCUAAGAAGCGACGCCAACAAUACUCACCUGCCUCAGGCCCUCAACUUUCCUCCAGGCCGUACACACCACGGGACGACGAUGAUGACGAUGGUGACAAUGGCAUCGGCAGGCAGACCAGGGAACGUGUAGCACUGAUGGAGCGGCAGUCCCGAGUGAAGAGUUUGCACGGCUCCGGCAGAGGGGUUCGGAUGCGGCAGAAGACUCGAGUCCAAUCUAACCAAAACCCCGUGCCUGUCCUGUUCCGCGAGUCUCUUGUGAAGGCUACCUCCCGGUACGGCGGCUACUCUGCCCACUUCUGCUUGGAAUUAUUCCUAUUGCCUUCAGGUAAUGACCUACCGGUUGGUGAGCAGAACCAGAAGAAGAAGAGGCCAGGGAAGAGAGAGCGCCGUCGUCGGGCUCGUUCACCUGUUACCGUCGCCCACUUCGUCGCCUCCCCUAUCAACAGGACCUCCCGCCACGGUUACAGGUUCAGACAGGUGCCACAGUGGACACCAGCUGCCUGGAUGGAGCAGCUCGGCCUCCAACAUAACUCCCUCAACAGCGGCACUGUCACCGUCAGGGCCGGCCUAUACUACCUCUAUGCUCAGGUGCUGUACGAGCCUGGACGAUUCGGCACCGGAUUCCAGAUCUUGGUUGACGGCAUCCCCAUCACGGAAUGCUCCCUGGCUCCCACCCAGCCAUCACACUCCUGCCACACCGCCUCCGCCACCUACCUCCCAAGGGACGCUAAGGUGUACGUGCGAGACCUUGAGCACCAUACGACGGCUGUCAAGCGUCAGGAGAACAGCUUCUUUGGUCUGGUGAAACUCAUGGACGCCCCGAAAACCGCUGAGGAGCUGCUGUUGGGAUGAACUCCCACAGGAGGCUACGAGAGGGGAUGGUUGGUAGUGGGUCGGUGGGUCAAGGGAUGACAUGAACAUUCAUAUUUACGUGUUAGGUAAACGGGUGUCUCCUGGGUAAUGGUGAACCAAGAAAAGUUGUUAUAUUAUGUUGCUGGUGAUAAUCAGACAAUAAUAUCUUCUUAUAAGAGAUAAUGGAUGGAAAGUGAAUUACUCCAAUGAGGACUGUGACCAAUAAGCAAAUUGUCUUGAAAACUUUAUAUUCAGGAAAGAUUUUAACAAAUGAAAGCCGCUGAAAAAAAAUCAGUACAAGCAUUAUUUUAUGGAAAAGUCUACCAUGUAAUUAGAACACUUGGGCCAGAGUUUUAUACAUCAUCUAAAAGGCAAAUAUUCACUUGGCGUCGUCUUGGCGCGCACGAUUUUGACGACCUUUUUAACUUAUUUUGUUUUGCCGUCGUUAUAAACGUCCCAUUUAAAAUAUCAAAUGAGAUUAAUAAACUGCGAUGUUAACGGUGACUCCAUGCCUCCGUAAGCUUAUGUUAAAUCCUGAAAUAUACUUGAUCUUACAGUUCAUAAUAUACAAGACUACAUAUCAUUAUCUGAUGAUUUUAUCAGAUGAUGCAAUUUAGGAUAAUUCAGAGAAUCAGAGAGCAGCUCCACAAGAAUUUAACGACUUCAAUAAACUUAAAUUAUGAGACAUAUUCUGAGACAUAUAACAUGGAAACCCAAUGUUGUAUAAAAGAAGAUUAGUUUGUUUAAUUGGCCAUUGUUGUGGUGCUGGAUCUCUGGAGCAUAUAUACGAGAAGCAACACUUAUUUUCUUAUAUAUACAGUACAUGAAUACACGGGCACGGAACUGAAAUUUUUAUGUAAUUUAUUCUAAUUUUUCACUUUUCGAUGAUCUGAGGUUAUGGUGACUGAGAGUGUAGGGAAACCUUAGUAAGGCUAACUAAAGUAUAUCAUUAAGGAUAUUUGUUUACGGCUGUUUUGUGACUUUUGAAUGUGUUAAGUAGAGAAGUUUCAUGACCGUGUUUACUUAACUGAGAUAUAAUAGGCAGCCACAUCUGUAAUGUUGAUUUGCAUGUGUUAACCCCACGGUGCUGACAUAUAGAAUCUAUUUUACAGAUAUGCGAUGCUGCUUUUGGCGUAUUUUUUUCGCAUUAUUCAAUUAAUUAAUCAGAUCUGUAAUGUUAACUCAGAGACUCAACUUUACAUCUUUUUUUCACGGGGCAAGUUUGUGUUUUUGGUGGUGUACCUGUAAGGAGUAGUGUGGGGUCCGGCUGUGGGUGCCUCUUGCCCCGCGCGGGUUGUGCACAGUGAAAGUAACUUUACCUGAAAUGUGAUUUUGCGUUGACGUUUAGGCGUUUAAUUAGGAACAAGCUUUAAUUAUAGAUGUAAAACAGAGUUUAUGCUGUAGAGGGGAAAAUAUCUAUAUAUUUAUAGACAAUAAUGGAAUGUAAUGUAUAGGAGUGCAUUCAUAUAAAGUAUUUGAUCUUGAAUAAAGAUUAAAGAACAUUAUCUAGGCAUUGUUGCCAGUAAAUAUAACAAGUGUGAUGAUGAGUUAUGUGUCACUUUGAAUACUGUCAAGAAGAAGACCACAGCUUUGUAACAAGUCUGUUGUGAAAAAAAAGAAGAUACUAUUUAAAGUGAAAGCCUUACACCUAGUUUUCCUAGUAAAAUAUAUAUAUAUAUAUAUAUAUAUAUAUAUAUAUAAUGUGGUUACAACUAUUUUACUGUAAGAGACGAAAAGUGACGUCGUUAGGAACACCACCAUUUUAAUAUACUUUAGUGUACUAGAGAGUAACAGGAGAAUUUACUUAUAGUUUCAUUGAUUCGCUCAAGAGCUUAAUGGAUCCUGCGUUUCUCUUUAGAUUAGAAACUUACUCAUAAAACAUGAUAACAACUGGUACCAGAUGUGAUAAAAGUUACGAGAAACUUCCAUUAUUAGUCUACUGUAAAUACCCAGAUAUCGCUUAUAUGUACCUUAAAUAUUUUAACAAAUUAUAUAAAUAAAUAAACAAAUAAAUAAAUAAAUAAAUAAAUAAAUAAAUAAAUAUAUAUAUAUAUAUAUAUAUAUAUAUAUAUAUAUAUAUAUAUAUAUAUAUAUAUAUAUAUAUAUAUAUAUAUAUAUAGUAUAUAUAUUAGGGUAGUCCAUUUAUUUAUGGUUGAAUAAAAAAUUGUAAAAUAUGGUUCCUUUCAAGGCUGCCCAUGUGCCACUGUGUUCAACGAAUUCACAGUAGAAAAAAAAAAACAUUUUUAAGUGUUACUAGAAAAUAACACUUUUCCCAUGCCAUAAGUAUUUCACCAUACACUUGGUGAAAUACGGAUAUUAAACAUGUUUUUUUCAGAGUAGUGCUUUCAAAUAAAUAUAAAUGCAUGCCCAGAAAUAACUAAUUUUAAUUACAUAUUAACAAAAAAACACAAUCGUAUUGCUAAUUUCAAUUUUAGAAAUAAUGUUAACUUGGUAAUUGAUGUUCUAUCAGCCAGCGAGGGCUUGCGAAACCAGUUACUGUACAUGGUCUCGUUUUCGAUACAACAGCAUUAAACACCUGGGUUAACAUAGGGACCUGCAUACUCAUUGAAAAAGCAGUUGGCCGCUCACUAACUUGGAGGGCUUGUCUUCCUCAUGUGUUUUAAUUAAUGUUAUCAAAAGUGUUUUCAUAUUGUUUUGGAUCCCAAAUACACCACUAUUCAAAUGCUUCAAAGAACAAUGGCCAAGCGUAAACAAGAAACAGUAUAAUGAUGCAGUACCAAAACUCUUCAUAGAAACAGUAGGUGACAUCUGACAUAAACUUAUUAAAUUCUACACUGAAGUCUCCAGAACAGUAGCUUCUUUACAGAGGACUACAAAGAACUCCUCCGUUUGUGUUCAAUCUUCCUUGGUGGAAGUGUAUCUGAUGGCAUUUAUUUCAGAAUACCAGAUGGAUGGCUCGGGCCUUAUGUCUUGAACAUUUUCUUAUUCAUAAGACAAUGUUAAAUUAACUGCUCGGUUGGACAACAGUUUGCAGGAAAUGUGCUUGUUCGUUACAGUCAUUUAUGCAAAGUACUGGCAUGAAGCACCAAUAGCAAUAUAAGCUCCAAGAAAUGAUUUAGCCCUUUUAUCUUCAUUGAGGGACUAACCCAAUGAGGCACAUACUGACGUUGCAAACAAUGCAUUCAAAAUUCAUCUUUGGUAUUUAUGAGAAGAGCUUGUGGAACUUUCGUUCCUUGACAAACGCUUGGAUAUUGAUCAAAAAGUAAAGUUGGUUGUAAACCUCACUAGGAAAAUCAAUGGAGAUGAAAGUUGUUAAUGAUUGCGCAGAGAGAGUUAUGAAACUGUUGAAACAGUUCAGCUCUACAAUCAUAAGAGCUGAACUACACAAACAAUAUCUUCUUCGCCUUGUUAAAUCUCACCUAAAAUAAUUCCCUACACCCUCCAAGGCAAUUUCUUAAGCAGUAGCUUGUCUUUAAGAAUCCAGUCAUUCGUGUUCACUAUUCUUUUUUGUACCAAUUAAUCAUAUUGGCUGUUAGUUUUUCAGUUUACUAAUAGAUAAUAAUUAUGUAAUUUUUUCUUUAUUAAAUUGUAUUGUUCAUAUUAUAGCAACCCCUAAAUUUAUUUCAAUGCACCUGAGAUUUGAUGGCCAGUUCCUUUUAGUCAUAUGAAACAAGGGCAGACUUGAGGAAAACAGGAAAUAACAUUGAAUAUUUUAGGACCACCCUUAUAUAUAUAUAUAUAUAUAUAUAUAUAUAUAUAUAUAUAUAUAUAUAUAUAUAUAUAUAUAUAUAUAUAUAUAUAUAUAUAUAUAUAUAUAUAUAUAUAUAUAUUUAUUUAUUUAUUUAUUUAUUUAUAUUCUAGCCUAUGUAUACUGAAAACCAAUCACUAUCUGCAAAUGACGAUCUGGAAAAUAUGAUGCAACUGGUAUUGUAAAUAUGUAUGAUUAUAAAGAUUUCAUAUAGCCAAUGUCUGUAGGCAAUGAAACUCAAAACAUAAUACGGCCACAUCCCUCCACUGUGUGGUAUUUCUACCACCUUAUUUAAUGUUGUCGUGUUCUGUUUCAUACAGUGUCAUGCCGGGCUACAAGUGUCACGUAGUUCACACACUAUGGUACAAGUAUCAUAUCAUAUUACAAAUGUCACACCAUGACACAAGUGUCACACCAUGACCAGGUGUCACACCAUGACAAAGUGUCACGCCAUAAUCAAGUGUCACCAUGAUACAAAAGUCACACCAUGAUCAAGUGUCACAUCAUAAUACAAGUGUGACACGCUGCAUUACAUUGUUCCACACUUGGCAUUUCCCAGAAAUUAUUACAAUAUUUUAGAGCUAUACCGGUAUGUUUGUUCAUAAUUACUGUUUACUGGUGUUUGUUGCGAGAGGCUGUGUCUGGUGUACACUACUGGUAUAUGCACGUACGUAAAUAAUCAGAAUAUCCUAGUUGCUGACAGUUCCUUCCGAAAGCAUGUAUUCGAUUUACAGUACUUGGUUAGGCUAUGAAUUUGUUUAAAUAGCAAUUACAUGAUAUGACUCCCAAUUUAUGUCGAAUAUGGUUACGAGUUUCAGGCUUAGGGAAACUUGGUUUAACAUAAGACUAGUUGUUCAUAGUAACCAGUGAUGGUGUAUUGUUCAAACACCUUUGGCAAAUUACGGACUAAUACUAAUAAUGAGUGCCCUAAAGGCAAUAUCGAAUAAUGCAUUUUGCAGUGGUGAAAUUGUUAAAAUUACUGAUUAAUUUUAGGAAAGUUUGGAAUUCAGUUCAGUGUAUAACUAGUUUUUUUAUGAACACAGCAGUGAUCAUUUGUUGCCUCAUAGGCAUAAUUGCCCGCUGGGAACAUUGUGGAUACAGCACCUUGUAUACUAAGCCUUCGGUACACAAGGAGGCAGCGUGGCCGGUCUCACCUGUAUUAACUGUUAAAUGUUUAUCAUAAUCCAAAAUCGUAACUAUGACCUGACUAAAGUACUUCUUAUUUUAAGCUCAGAAUGAUUCAUCACAAUAUUUUUUUUUUUUUAUUUCAUGUUAAGACUAUUUAUUUACAGAUAAUAUAUGCACAUUAUGCUAACAUAAACAUAAGUCAUUUAAAUAUUUUGCAUUUUGCAAAUUUCGUAUUUUAUUAAAACAAUUAUUUAUAUCAAACAUAGACAUAAUAUUUUCUACUUUCAUCGGCAUUUUUUUUUUAGAUUUCAAGAUAUAUUUUACAUAAUAUAUACAGUAUUUCAAUCUUCAUAUUAUGCUUAUGGGUCACGAAAUGUCAAGUUUAUACCAGUUUCCUUGAAAUGUUCAUUUUUUUUUCUCCAAAUAUUAUCCUUUAUAUAUGGAAGGAUUAUUAAUCUUCCUGAGAUUAAAAUCCCCAGUAAAAGAAAAAUAUAUUAUUCUGCAAUGGAAAAGCAUACAUUUGGAAACCAUCCUCGUAGUACCUUGAGGAUACACUGACAUAUCUUUCACACAGAAAUGAAAACCACAAACCUUUAGUGCCUUAGACGCGCCAGUGGACAUUGGCUAUCUAUUGAUUUAAUUUAAGAAAAUCAAUUGGUUAGAGUUAAAUCAAGAUUGUAAAUAUCAUGUGCUUUGUUAUUUAAUAAAUCUUAAUAAAGGUAAUAUUUUGUAUGUCA